AUGAAAGUCCAAAUAGAGCCGGCGCAAUUCCCCGCAGACGCCGAUUCCAUCCUGUCGUUGUUUUCUGGCUAUGCCGCAUCCCUCGGCAUCGACCUCACCUUUCAAUCGUUCCAAGAGGAACUUGAUUCCCUUCCUGGGAAAUAUGCCCCAUCGCAAGGGGGGUCUCUUUUGAUCGCACGGGCAGACACCGGUGUUCAAGAACAUCAUACGAACGGACUAGUCGACUCAAUAUCUUCCCGGUUUCCAUCUACCCUCGGAUGUGUGGCACUCCGGCGUAGUUCCGAUGGUUGGUGCGAGAUGAAGCGUCUGUAUGUUCUUAAGGCAGCUCGUGGAGAACGCCUAGGUGAAAAACUCGUCGAAGCAAUCCUCACGCAAGCCAGAGAUCUGGGCUACCGCGGGAUGCGCCUAGACACACUGCCUGAAAUGAAAGUGGCGCAACGGCUAUAUCGGAAGUAUGGAUUUGUGGAUAUUGCCCCGUAUUAUGAAACUCCAAUUCAAAGAACAGUUUUUAUGGGUUGUGAAUUUUUAUGA